AUGACUCUUAUAACCUCCACCAGCCCUCCCAAUCUCUCUCUGCUGCCUCCAGUCGAUGCCAAUGAUCCUAGGACUACCUCCUCCUUCGACUCUCUUCUGCCCUUCCAUCCCAUCUAUGUCUGCAUCACCUCUGGAACUCCUACAUUGUUCUGGACAUACCUCAACUCUCACUCCUCUUUCCGGACCUCCUACCUCUGGACCUCCCCUACCAUACCUCCACCUUCUCAGACCUCUUGUUCAAAGGAUAUGGACCUCGGUCACCUACUUGUUGUUGGUAACCCUCAACUUGUCUAUCCACCCUCCUUCUUACUUCUGGUCUCUGCACCUCCGGCACCUCCAGUCGUGCACCUCCAGUACCUCCCCACUCCUACCUUACCUCCAGUCAUGUUAUUCCUUAUUGUUUUAUCAUUUGAUAUUUUCUACAACCCCAAUAUUCCGGACUACAACUUCUGGGCUCUAGACCCUUCCGGACAUCUUCCCCUGUAG